AUUUAUAUCGAUUAUUUCAUCGUUAUCACUAGUUCUGUCUGUUCUGCUGCAAAGGUUAAUGGUUAAAGAGAAACUUCAAGUCUGUGGCGGAAAAGGAGAGACGAGAGAUAAUGGCGAGUUCAGCUUUUAGAAUUCUUUCGAGGACUGUUAAUAUGGUGAAAUGUGGCAAACAUUAUGUUCCUCAACGAAACUUAAAUCUCCAUGAACAUAUCAGUUUGAGCUUACUAGCUAGUGCUGGUGUUAAGGUGCCCAAAUUUGGUGUAGCCAAAACACCAGAUGAGGCUUUUCAGGCUGCUGAGAAGUUAGGCAGUAAAGACUUUGUAGUUAAAGCUCAAGUAUUAGCUGGUGGAAGAGGUAAAGGUGUUUUUGAAGGGGGAUUGAAAGGUGGAGUGAAAACAGCUUAUUCACCUCAGGAAGCUAAAGAAAUAGCAUCUCAGAUGUUAGGAAAACGUUUAGUUACAAAACAAACUGGUGAGAAAGGAGUAUUGUGUAAAGAGGUCAUGGUUGCAGAAAGAUUAUACACGCGUCGAGAAUAUUACUUUGCGAUUAUGUUAGAAAGAGAUUUUGGGGGUCCUGUGAUAAUUGCCAGCUCUCAAGGUGGAGUAAACAUUGAAGAAGUGGCUCGAGAAAACCCUGAUGCAAUAAUUAAAGAACCUAUUGAUAUCAUGACUGGACUAUCUAAAGAUCAAGCUUUAAAAGUAGCUAAACACCUUGGUUUUAAGCAAAAUAAUAUUGAUCAGGCAGUUGAAAUAAUAACAAAAUUAUAUGAAGCUGUUUUGAAGUAUGAUGCAGUAAUGGUCGAGAUCAAUCCACUUGUGGAGGAUUCUGCAGGAGAUGUCUAUUGCUUGGAUGCAAAAUGUAGAUUUGAUGACAAUGCAGAAUUUCGUCAAAAACAAUUGUUUGAUCUCAGAGAUUGGUCUCAAGAAGAUUCAAGAGAAAGAGAUGCUCAUAAACAUAGUUUAAAUUAUAUAGCUUUGGAUGGUGAUAUUGGGUGCCUAGUUAAUGGUGCUGGCCUUGCUAUGGCUACCAUGGAUAUUAUCAAGCUUCAUGGUGGAAAUCCAGCCAAUUUUCUUGAUGUUGGCGGUGGAGCUACAGUGACACAAGUCACAGAAGCUUUCAAACUUAUUACAUCGGAUCCAAAAGUCCAAGCUAUUUUAGUAAAUAUAUUUGGAGGUAUUAUGAGAUGUGAUGUGAUUGCUGAAGGUAUAAUUCGUGCAGCUGAAAUGUUGAACUUAAAAAUCCCUAUUGUUUGUAGAUUGCAGGGUACUCAAGUUGAUGAUGCUAAAGCAUUAAUUGCUUCUAGUAAACUACGAAUCUUAGCUUGUGAAAAUCUUGACGAAGCUGCAAAGAUGGUGGUAAAAUUAUCUACAAUUGUAGGUUUGGCUCGUUCUGCAGAAGUAGAUGUAAAAUUUGAACUUCCUUUGUAAAUGAUUUUGUAUUUAUGUACAUAACAUAAUUUACCAAAAAUCAAAAGAGCUGGCUGACAUUUAGAAGUAACAUAUUUAUUGUUGACUGUGUUAGUAUAACAAGAUGAAACCAAAAACUGUUGCUAGCUUUAAAUUAUAUUGUCUAGUAUGUUGUUGCAUAGAGCUUUCCAUUAUGUACUAAUUUAUUUGUCAUUCUCCUCAAAAUAUUUCCUCACUUCUUUUAUAUUUUUUGACAAGAAUAGUAAAAUCUAUUCUUUUUUUAAACUUUGCAAUUGAUGAUGCAUGUGUUGAUCCAGCAAUGUUAUAUUAUAUAUUUUUUUCAUCCUGAUUAUUUGAUAUUUACCUUUAUUUCCUAAGUAACUUUAAUGCUUUGGAUGUCAAGUAUUUAUUAAUUAUGAAAUAAAAAUUUUUAUAACUUAUACAAUAUACAAUGUUUCAAAAUUUAGAACAAAAUAGUAAUUACUUUUUACUUAAUAUUCAACUUUGUUUGGCAUACGAUUCUCAUUUAUCUUAAGUCAGUAUUAAAGUCAAAAGAUUUCAUAUUCUUAAAUGUAUCAAGACUGGAAAAAGUCUUUCAGAAUUUUAUUAAUUAAAAAGUUUUUUUUUUUACUGUCCAUAUAAAGCAAAAACAGUUUUUUUCAAUCAUCGAUCUUUCGGAAGCUUAACAAACAUUUUUAUAAAUAUGUUCAUUGUUAAAAAAGAAAGUUAAAUCUGUUUCCAGAAUUUUUUAUAACAUAACAUCAUUAACUUUUUUUUUUAUGAACUUGAAAUUCUUAAAAUUAUCAGAAUACAUAAAACCAAAUAAACACUGAGUAUUGGAUUGUUUAGGUAAAGUAUCUACUAUUAGUAUAGUUGGUAUGUAGAAUAAUGUCAUAUACUGAUGGAUAGUUUCCAAUAUUUGAUAGCAUUAAAUUCAAGCAUUUAAUUUAUAUUAGAGAUAAAGGGAAUCAGUUGAAGACUACAGUUUAUUUUUAAUUCAGUGUAAAUAUAAUAAAUGAAAGAAUAUUCUUAGAAUUGAUUUUGCCCUGCCUUUCAGGUGAAAUAUUUUCAUUUUGCAUCUAUGAAUAGAGACCUGUACUUUUAACUGUUUUCUAAUAAAAUUCUUUAUAAAGGCUA